AUGGAUCCUUUAUACUUUCCCAACGCAUUUAGCACAGAAGCUAGUUCCAGCGAUGUGAAUUCCUCACUGCUGACGAACGUGACAGAGAAUGGGACGCUCUCAGAGCAGCCCACAUUCAAAUACAUCCACAAAGUCCUGAUUCCCAUCUGUUACCUCCUUGUAUGUGCAGUUGGACUCAGUGGCAACACAUUGGUCAUUUAUGUGGUUUUGCGCUAUGCCAAGAUGAAAACUGUCACCAACAUAUACAUCUUGAAUUUAGCUGUUGCUGAUGUACUCUUCAUGCUUGGCCUGCCCUUCCUGGCCACCCAGAAUGCCAUCUCCUAUUGGCCUUUUGGCUCCUUUUUGUGCAGGCUGGUUAUGACUGCAGAUGGCAUUAACCAAUUCACUAGUAUUUUUUGUUUGACUGUGAUGAGCAUGGACCGCUACCUGGCAGUAGUUCAUCCCAUUAAAUCAACCAAGUGGAGACGUCCCAGGGUGGCCAAGCUCAUCAGUGUGACUGUCUGGACAUUCUCGUUCUUGGUGGUGCUUCCAGUCAUCAUCUUUUCGGAUGUGCAAGAGGACUUUCACACCUGCAACAUGAACUGGCCAGAGCCUGUCAACAUCUGGUCAGCAGCAUUCAUCAUUUACACAUCUGUCCUUGGUUUUUUUGGUCCUUUGUUGGUGAUCUGUCUCUGCUACUUACUGAUCGUGAUUAAAGUCAAAUCUUCGGGGAUCCGAGUUGGGUCUACGAGGCGCAGGAGAUCAGAGAGGAAGGUGACCAGGAUGGUGGUGAUCAUUGUGGUGGUCUUUGUGUUUUGCUGGCUCCCAUUUUACAUGAUGAACAUUGUCAAUUUGAUACUUAUACUGCCAGAAGACCCUGUGUUGGUAGGGGUGUACUUGUUUGUGGUGGUCCUGUCCUAUGCAAACAGCUGUGCCAACCCCAUUCUUUAUGGAUUUCUUUCUGACAACUUCAAGCAGAGUUUUCAGAAAGUCCUUCACCUCCGAAAGGGCAAUGGUGUAGAGGAUGGUGACCCCACUGAACACAGGCAAGAGAACAGCAGCCGCUUGCAGGAAUCAAUGUUAACCCAGAGAAAUAUUGAAUUCAAUGGACAUAUGCAGACUAGCAAGGUCUAAGGGCAUGGUUUGGUACUGCAAAGCACUUGUAGAGCUGGAGAACUUGGGGACUUAAAGGAGAGAUGAAUUCAUAGCAAAGCUAAAAUCAGGAGACUCACAAGCUCAAAUAAAUGUACAUAGACUUCUCUUCACUCUCCCCCUUUCCCAGCUAAAAUGUUAUGGCCUAUACUGGGCUGUGUGAAGCUCUUAUGGUGUUUUAGCUGUCAGACAUGUGUUAUCACUUUCUGUACUCUAUAAAGAACUGAUUUAUGGCACACACUGACGGCUUUGUACAGCUCUAGUGAUGCAAACCAACACUAAACCUGUUUUAACUAACUUGUUAAGCUGAGUUUAUGGCUG